AUGUUCCCCACAGAGUCUCCAAGGUGUGUAGAUGCAUCCUACGUGACAGAACAGAUGGACGUGCAUUCUUGCAAUACUGUCAGCAUGGAAGUUGCCUCCAUGACGCAGAUAGAUUCGUCAGAGAUUGAAUGUUGCGGCACCGACUCACGAGCUGCAAGGCUAUGGGAUGCAAACUCAAACGUGACGAAUGGCAUUUUCUUCGCGUCAGGAGAAGAAUUUCUCAGGAAUGAAUCGAACCUGGAUGAUAUUGGAAUCGAAAGCUCAUUUCAAUCGCUGGAGGAUGCAUUGGAAUCAAAUUGUCAACAAGAAAACUGUAUACUUCAGCCGACAAGCCCUUGGGAGUGCACCUGGCACAGCCAAUCAUAA